AUGGUGGAGCGCACAAAUCUACCUUUGAAAGGUUUGCUGAAAGUCUUUAUCAACCACGAGACAUUCGAACAGUGGGAUGUUGCACUACCACCUUGUCUACUGGCUUACCGCGCUACUAUCCAGGUACCUAUCGGACAGACCCCAUCCUUUAUGACGACAGGUCGGGAGAUGCGACUUCGUUCCGAUACAAUCCUACCUAUCCCGGAUCCAGAGGCGUUGUAUUCUUCAGUGUUCGCGCGACGCAUGCAGGCCGGUCUCGUUCGCAGCCAUGAACUGGCUCGACAACACUUGCGUGCCGCUCGGAGAUACCAGAAAGAGUACUACGAUAAAACUGCGCAAGAUAGGUUGUUCAACCCUGGCGACAGGGUUUGGUUGUAUGAGACCGUUCCACCUGUUGGUAUAACGUCUAAGUUCCAUAGGGCUUGA